GUUGAACGAAAUUAAACGGCUGCAGGGACAAUCUGCGGAGGACACUACCAGCAAGAAAGCAUUGUUUAUGCAAAAGAUAAAGGAAGCAGCUGAGAGUAAAGAACCAAUAUAUUUAAAAAAGAAACGCGACGACUAAAACAGUUAUCAAUCUAAUAAUAAAGCACGUAGAAAUGUCAGAACUAGCAGAAAACGGUGUAUUCAGCGAGAAGGAGAAAAUCGCUGACAUUCUAAACCGGCGGCACAAGGAGCGCAAGAAUCAAAUUGAAACCGCCAAGUUAGAACGCCAGAAGGAUGCUGACGAAUCUGAAGCAAUCGAGUAUUUUGAAGCAUCGUUUGAACAGGAGGUGAAAAAAAUUAACAAUAGUUUGGAUAGUGUCGCAGCGAGCGACAGUAAUAAGGCAGCUAUUUUCGAAAAUGUUCAAAAAGAGAUAUUCAAUCUGCAACGAUAUCUCUCUACAUCAACAUUUUUCCUUCACGAGUAUAAGAUCAAGGUGUGUCAAAAUACGAUCAACGAACUGUGCAAACGAUUGGAUAUGCUAAAAAAUGAACUCAUCCCCAAGAAAAAGUUUGGUUUCAAGAGCAAGAAGACGGUUAAAAUCAACCAAGACGGACGUUAUGCUAUCGGUAAAGUAGCGAAUGCAACAUGCUCGGAAGCAUCAGAAGAUCGCAUGAAGUGGACCUUCUCAGAAAAGCGAAACGAGUGCAUCAAACUUCCUCGAUCCGCAAUAAAUGAUCAAAACAUCACAGCGUCGGAUUUGUGCAACUGCAUUGUCCGGUUAGAGGGACACUCGGGUUCGUUACAAUUUUCAAAGCUUAAAAAUUGUCUAGUCUUUUGCGGGCCAACGUCGAGAUCAAUCUUCCUGGAUGAUUGCGUCAAUUGUAAAUUUGUGGUCGCAUGCCAGCAACUUCGUUGCCACCGAUCGAGGGACUGCGAUUUAUAUCUGAAAGUUACGUCCCGCGCCAUUAUUGAGGAUUGCAGUCAGAUUCAAGUGGCUGAAUACAACUUGAGCUACGAUGGAUUGGGGGAUGAUCUAGUGAAAUCAGGAUUAGAUGAAAGCGCAAACAAUUGGAACGAAUUAGAUGAUUUCGACUGGCUCGCAACGGAUAAACAAUCUCCGAAUUGGUCCAUCCUGAGUGCUGAUCAAGUGAUCUCCGAUUGGGACCUAUAUCAAAGCCAGUUUCAAGCAACGUAUAAACUAUGCAACACUGUUGAAUAAUCAAUAAA